AGUGGCUGGCUGCGUCUUGGCUGGCUCACCGUCUUUACGCACAUGUGGAGUGUUUAUAUCGAAGAGGAGAAGUUCAGGUGACGUCUCGGAUCGUGAACGGAGCUACUGGCAAACUGUCCGCUACUGUCUACGGUCCAGACCCCGGAGGAAAAUCACAGAAUCUACGGACGCGAGAAGACAGCUUUUGAGCGCAGAAGUCUCCAGUGUGAUGUAAGCAGCUCCAGACCCGUCAAAUCUAAGAUGGCGGUGUCCCUUUCCAAAGUGCGUCUGAGAAACCUGGUUCGUCUCCAGACCCUCCUGCUGUGCCUGGUGCCACUGCUCCAGUCCGCUGAGUCCAGUCCUGGUCCAGAGCCCAGAACAUGGAGUCAGAGUGGACCCAGACUACAGCUCUCUCAUUCAGAGCUGAGAAACAGAAGUGCGGUGUUCUGGCAGGGAGGGGUCGCCGGAGGUUACCAAGCCCUGCUGCUGGACGAGGACCAGGGCUGGCUGCUGGUCGGAGGAAAAGACUACAUCUACCUGCUGAGACCAGACAGCCUGGACCAGCCCACACACACUAUCUACUGGCCGGCAGCGAAGGAGCACGUUGAGCACUGCAGACUGGCGGGGAAGAGUCUGGAGACGGAGUGUGCCAACUUUGUGCGUUUGCUUCAGCCGUACAAUAAGACCCACAUUUACGCAUGUGGGACCGGAGCCUACCACCCCAAAUGCAACUAUCUUCACCUGGGACACAACAAUGAGCAGGCUUUGUUCAUGCUGUCUCAUUCGGAGGAGUCAGGCCAAGGAAAGUGUCCCUUCAGCCCCAAGGAGCCGUUUGCAGCGCGUCUAACUGAUGGGGAGCUGUAUGCAGGUACCUCGGUGGAUUUCAUGGGAGCAAAUGCAGCUAUUUUUCGCACUUCCCUUAAAGGCAGCAGCCAGCAUUAUAUACGCACAGAGGCCUACGAUCACAACUGGCUCAAUGAGCCUGAGUUUGUGGACUCCUUCUCCGUCCCUGAUACUCACAGUUCGGACGAUGAUAAAGUUUACUUCUUCUUCAAAGAGAGAGCCGUGGAGGCGGGGCAGUGGGACAAGAGGGUCUACAGCCGCGUCGCUCGCGUCUGCAAGAAUGAUGUUGGUGGUAAGAGGAGCCUGAUAAACCGCUGGACCACCUUCGUGAAAGCUCGGCUGCUCUGCUCCAUCCCAGGACCCUCUGGAGUGGACACAAUGUUUGAUGAACUGGAGGACAUAUUUGUUUUGGAGACCAAGGACCCGCAGAACCCCACCAUCUAUGGAGUCUUCAGCACAUCCAGCUCGAUCUUUCGUGGCUCUGCGGUAUGUUUCUACUCCAUGGCGUCGAUCCGAGCUGCUUUUAACGGACCGUUCGCUCACAAAGAGGGGCCUGACUAUCGCUGGGUGGAGUACAAGGGACGCAUCCCCUAUCCCCGACCAGGCACUUGUCCCAGUGAGACUUACGACGCUCUGUAUAAGUCGACCAAAGACUUCCCAGACGAGGUGGUGAGCUUCAUGAGGCAGCACCAGCUCAUGUGGGAGCCCGUGAUGCCGCUCGGGGGCAGACCCAUCCUGACCCGCGUCAACGCUCCCAACCUGCUGAAGAAGAUCGUAGUGGACAGAGUGGACGCUGAGGAUGGGCCCUAUGACGUCCUGCAUCUGGGGACAGAUGACGGUAAAGUGGUGAAGGCCGUGUCUGUGGUCAAAGACAACUGGGAGACUGAGGAGAUCAUCCUGGAGGAGCUCACUAUAUUUGAGAGCCCUACACCAAUCCUGAAUAUGGAACUGUCAACCAAAAGACAACAGCUGUACGUGUCCAGUGAGCGUGGCGUGGUGCAGCUGUCCUUACAGAGAUGUGAGUUAUAUGGCGACGACUGUGCUGAGUGCUGCUUGGCCCGUGACCCAUACUGCUCCUGGGACGGACAGACCUGCUCCAGAUACUUCCCAACCAGCAAAAGGAGAGCUCGCAGACAGGAUGUGAAGUAUGGAGACCCCUGGAGUCAGUGCCCCAGCAUAGAUGAAGAGGUCGACUCUGUGGAGGUGAAGCAGGUGUACGCUGUAGAGGGAAACUCCACCUUCCUGGAGUGUGCUCCUCGCUCUCUCCAUGCUGAGAUCAAAUGGACCGUGCAGGUCACAGAGGGACAACCACCACUGGCUCAGACUGACAGUGAACGCUCCCUCCGUAUGAAGCGCGGCCUGCUACUUCAACACCUGGAACCUUCCGACGCUGCCUUGUACAUCUGCAGCAGUCUGGACCGCUCCUACAAACAGGUCAUCGCCAAAUACCGCCUUAACGUCAUCCCCAACCAGCACCUCCACCUUAACCACCAGACCACCCACCACCACCUCCAAGGCCCUGCGAUCCAAGGAAAAGUCAUCCCACCUGCAGUACAAGGUUUUCUGGGUCAGGCCAGUCCGAGGAACUCCUGGCUUCAACCUCAACAGCCCAUGAGAAACUACAAUCAUGUCAACAUGUUUGGCACUAACGCCUUGAGCAUGGAGGACUGUGAACAGCUUUGGUACAGGGAGAAGAGACGUCAGCAGAAACUACGCACGCUGAAACUGAAGCAAGAGAGUAGGAAAGCGAGGGUGAGGAGGCACAAUCCACCCGGAGUCCCACCUAUGUCCUAAAGAUGGACUAUACAAGGACUAUAUAGUGAGAAAGAGAGAUAAUUUAAUACAGUGAAGUGAGUAGAGUGAGUUGGUAGUGUUGAUAUGUAGUUUAUGGAAGAGUAUGUAGAUGAGCUUUGUUAAUAUUUUCCCUAUCCAUGUGUUUAGAGUGAUGAAAUGUUGUAUUGUAUGUUUAGAAGCGGUCUGAAGUCCUUAAAAUGGCGCCCCCUAAAAGAGACUGAAACCAUAGCUACUAUAUUUUAUAAUAGUUCUGAAUCGACCAUUUUGUUUUAAAAGCAAUAAAAAUGUUUGUAAAAUAGCAAAUGUCUUACAUGUUCACAAUGAGGAAGCAAAACACAAUUGUAAAAAGUCAUUUCACAAUCAGACUUAAAGGUAUACUGAGUAACUUUUCUGGUGAGGGUAUGGCUGCUCGAUUAUGGAAAAAAUCAUUAUCACGAUUAUUUUGGUCAAUAUUGAAACCACGAUUAUUCAAACGAUUAUUUUUAGUUACGCAAGGCAUUUCUGUCUCUCUCAAAAUAAAAAAAACACUAUGUUAUUGAUAAUUUACUCAAAAUUAUCAAAUUGAAAAUAAAUAUAGGCUACAAAUAUUAACCUUAGAGCAGUUUUGCGAUGAAUAAAAUAUACUUUGAACAUGAAAUAAGACAUAGAAAAACAUAAAUGUAUCCAGAAUAAACUAAAUAUCCAGCUGUUCUACAAUCUAUAUAUUAAAAAAUUAAAUUAAUAUACUUAUUUAUAUAAAAAAUAUCCCAAAAUAAACGUUAAGUUUUAUCGUUUCAACUCGUUUUUAUGAAUUUGGAGAUCGUUUGAAGCACAAAUCGAACUCUUGAUCAAAAUUCGAUUAAUUGCACAGACUUAGGUGAGGGUCUGCCACCUGGUUGUCUCCACAGAGGUGUUAUUGCUAUUUGCCUAGAAUGUGUCACAAUAGGGCAUUAAACUCAUCAGACUAAGUUACAGGUUAGAUCUGUGGAGAUUAGAUGACCACGCUCACAAAAGAACACAUGUUUUCCAAAUUGUAAUAAAUACAAGUCUACUUACAAACAUUACAGGAAAAGCAAUAACCUCUCCACCAGAAAGGUUACACAGUGUACCUUUAACUGAAACAUUUGAACAAAAAAGUAUAUGAUUUUUAGUUAUGUUUUUGUUAGGCUUGAAUAUUAUCUUAUUGAUUUUUUUUUCAACAUUGAAGGCUAGUGACACCAAAUUGCAGUUUAGCUACUAGUUUCUAUUAUUUUAUUAUAUUAGCAGCAUUUACUAACUGAAUACAUUAUGAAACAAUCUAUAACAUUAUGAUGUAAAUAUUGAUACAAAAUGGACAUGUAUUUGUUCAUUUGAAAUACUGAAUACAACCAAAGAAGUGUAGGAGUCUAGCUCACUAACCGUAUGGAAGACAAAAUACUUACAAAGACAGUGUUGCCUAUUUACUGACCUGUUUAACUCUAUUUAAAAUACUGUAAUAUUAUUGUGUAUUUAUGUUGUGAUUUGUGACGAUAAAAAAAAAUUUGGUUUAAGCUUAAAGUUGCACUAUGUCAUUUUUUCUGGGGGAGUCUCUGUAAGGGUCUGUUAUUGCUUUGCCUGGAAUGUUCCACAGUGUGGCACUGGUCAUCAUGGAGACAAGCAAGUGCCGCUACCAGACCAGUCAACAUCUGUCAGAUCUGUGGAGGAUGAUUUGAAUGUUUAGGAAUAAAACUAAAACAUAAACUAGAGUUGAAAUGAAAAAACACCUGCAAUUGAAAAAAAUGCAACAUAUACAAGUUUAAUGCCAGACUUUGGAACAUUCCAGACAAAGCAAUGCAGUUUCCAUAGAGACAAGCAGAUGGGAUACACCUCCUUACCAGAAAUGUUACAUAAUGCACCUUUAAACAGCUUCAGAUAAGCUCAUAGAAACGCACACAUAUUCAAAUGGACCUUGUUUAAUGUAUGUUUAAAUUAGGCUAAUACUGUUUCUUCAUUGUAUUUACUGUUAUUGGUCAUUAAAGUCUUACGUAUUUUUUUUUUCUUAAAUUUCCAAGCUAGCCGUGUAUGUUUUAUGUUUUUAUGUUGCAUUUACCCUUUGAUAAACUUUGAAAUAAGAGUCUGUAAUAUUUUUAUAUGAAAAAAACUACAAAUAAAUAGUCUUUUAACUUA